AAACACAAACAUGAGCCAGGAGGCAAUAAUAAAGAAAAUGACGAGAGGGAAAACAUCAGAGCCGUGGAUAUUUUAAAAAGGAAUUUUGGUUCCACUAUCAGAGAUCCAGAAGAUCCCACAGACCUAGAGAAAGUAGAAUUUGACAUCAAAUUGAACGACUUGGAUCAUGAAAAGGAUGAUGAAAGGAUGCAAUGGAACACAAAAAGUCUCCAACAAAACAUGGAGAGUAACUCGGGAUUGGGAGAUACUGAUGGGAAUCAUCAUAUUGAUUAUAUUGAUUUGAAGAGUGGUGAAGAUCCCAGCCAAUCAAAAGAGCAUGUUUACUGCACUGUAUACUGUAUUGCCAAUGAUAAUUAUAGGAUACCUGUUGAGAAAACAACAUCUGAUCAUGAAACUACAUCAUUGUCAUCAUCAUCAGCAGAUGUGCUGGUUUUACCUCCCACCGACUUGCCAAAUUCAGAAUUGGACUAUGAGCACUAUCCAGAGCCCUAUACAGUCUCCGACUUGAUGCUGUCUGGAAUAAACGGCUCCUAUAAUGAUGACAACAGUUUAUCUGUUCUGUUAACAUGUCGAAUUUGUCUUGAUGACAAACAAGCCAUACCACUACACUGCUGCAAAAAUGCAGUUUGUGAAGAAUGUCUGAAAAGAUACAUCGUCUCACAGGGAUGUUCCUUUGUAUGUGUCUGCAACCACUUUUAAAGUGGACUGAUGCAAACCUAAUAUGCCUCUACAUGCCAGCAA